AUGCAGCGUACUGAUGGUGUCUCCGUCAUGCGUCGACGCGGUCCCAAGCCGCUGCUUUCGGUGGAGCACGAGACGCAGCUUGUGCAGUGGGUGCUAGCGCAGCAGAGUGCAGGACAGCGCAUGUCACGCGACGACGUCAUCGCGCAGGCCCAAGAAAUACUUCGACAAGACGAAACUCCACCUCAACACGAACAGGAUACCAAACCAACGCAAAAGCUUGGUAUGGGCUGGUGCAACCGCUUCAUAGCGAGAUAUCCAGAGCUCAGUUUGCGCUCCGGAGGCUCACAGCAAGCAGUUCCUGCUACAAACGAGGAAUCUAUUGCAAAAAAUGCGAUAAGCGAGUCUAUUGUGCCUGGUGCAGCACAUGAAGAGGGAAAAUUUAAGACACUCGAAGCUGCAAAGCAGCCCGAUACCAUACGAGAUGCAGAUGGUCCUACCAAGACCAGGAAAUACAAUAGGAAGCAUAUGGAGGCGGCCGUCGAGAUGUAUCUAGCAGGGAGACCAAUGAGCGAGGUGACACAGCGCUUCCCACUGCUGCAUCAACGAACCAUUCGUCGUCGGGUGUUGCGUGUACAACGAGGAGAAGUUGAUAAGAGAAGAGGGCCGAGACCACUCCUAGAAGGAGAACCAGAACAAGAAUUGGUAAACUGGAUUCUGGACAUGCAAAGUCGAGGCACAAAAGUCACUAAGAAGGACAUUCUAGCCCGAGCGAACGAGCACUAUCGCGCGUUAACUGGAAAAACUGGUGAGAAACUCAAGGACGGAUGGCUACGUAGAUUUAAAGAGAGACAUCCCGUGUUAUCCGGUCGAGCACCAGCCGCCCAACAAGAAGACUCGGGCACAGAGGAUGAAAAGUUUUCAUCUAAUGGGGAUAACGAGUCGCCUAGUAGCUCACCGUCUAAGGAAGUUAUUGAGAAGAAGCGUGAGUCUCAACACAAGCGCGAGAUACUAAGAGAAGCUGAAGAUUCUGCAUCACCAAAGAGACUAAAGACAGAGGAAGUGGUCUCGAGUGACACAACUCGACGUGGUUCCAUCUUGCCAGAGCGACGACAGAGUGAUAAAGAAGAAAGCAUUGCAAAGCUUGACGCUAUCAUGGAGUCCAAUAAGCGACUGGAGGCCAUGCAGCGUCAACAACUCGAGAUGCUCCAACAACUUUCUACUCUACCAACAAGCUGUUCCCGUGUGUGUGGCGAGUAUGAGCAAUGUUUUGUGUACAACAACGCCGAGUAUUGCGCGCCACUGUGCGCUCCAGGCCGAUGCAACGACAAUGAGACGUGCAUCUUACGAGGUGUGGUGCCCUGUACAAGCGAUCCAUGCAUACCCCAAGCUGUCUGCGAACCUAAACAAUCCGUCAUUAACAUGACCACCUCGACAGCAUGUAAACUCAACUGCCAACUCAUAAGCUCCCCAGUCUGCGGCUCCGACAACGUAUCCUAUGCAAACUCGUGCUUUCUCAAGGAAGCUCGAUGUUCUACUGGCAACUCGGAUCUCCACGUAGUGUCUCGUGGUCUUUGUGAAAGUGAAAAAGCUCUCAACGCACAGUAUAACCCACCAGUACCACGUCCCAGUACGAGCGAUUGCUUGGACACAAGCACGUGUGCGGAUGUACUAGAUCCGGUCUGUACGAGUGCAGGCACAAUGCAGAACUUGUGCUACUUCAGACGACAGCAACGCUGCAACCAGAACACAAUGCUGAUCCGUUCCGGAUCAUGCGAAGACACCAAUGUGAUGCCGCUAUGUCCAGCUACUUGCACGCAAACGUACAGUCCAGUUUGCGCUUCCAACGGCCAGCUAUACGGGAACGAGUGUCUAUUCCGUCAAGCCAAAUGUGCACGUCGCGACCUGCUUGCAGUCAACAUCGAGCCUCGAGUGCUGUCAGAAUGUAACGAGUAA